AUGAUUCCUCAUUAUAAAACAAAUGUAACAGAUGAAUUUCAACUUGUUAAUCUAUUGUUAGUUCGGGAUGGUCAAUAUUUUGUUCAACAUUUACAUUGUACCAGCAACGGUUAUGGUUUGAUAACUUCUCAAUUGAAAGUCACAUUUUGGAAUCAAGACGCCAUCGAAAGUCAAGUUGAUUGUCCAUUUUUAAUAGGCAUAGGAGGGACGAUUUCUUGUAUACCAAAAGAUAUGGGUCCAGUCCUUAUUAAUGCAGUUCAUAUUGAUAUUGAAAUAGAUGUUGGUAUACAACGACAAAAAUUAACUAAAAUUUAA